AUAAGUGCCUACCGACAAUUUUACGACAACGCACAUGGAGAAAAAAAUGGCCCAGUCGACGAAAAGAAAAAGGGUCGCCAAAAACAGAAAGAAGGCAUGGAGGAAGCACUCAAAUAUACAAGAUGUUGAGGAAUUUAUGGAUGAUGAACGAAUGCAGCUUCGAACUGGUGGUCUAGUAGCAGAAAAACCUGAUGAAAGUUUGUUCUUUGUUGAUGAUAAACAUCCAUCUAAAGAGGAAGAUGAUUCAAAAAAGAAAUUGGAGAAGCCACUUAAGAUUGAUCGGAAACUGACACCAGAUCCAAGAAUACCAGUAGCUAGAAUAUCAAAGACGCCUAGGUCACUGGAGAGACCGAAGCGAAAGAGUAAGUUGGUGCAGAGACUAGAAGCGGAGGGAAAAUGGGGGCCAUCAUCAACAGUCAAGAGAAGGAAACUUGCUGCUGCUUUGAAAGACAGUGACCUAGCACAGAAAGCUAAAGAUGAUGAUAAUAAGAGGAGAGAAUGUGGUAGAGCAGUGUAUGAUCUCUGGGGAGAUCCAGCACCUGUUAAGUCAAAGACGGAGGCAACACCAAAUGAACACUUUCUCAGGGUCACUAAGAAGACAAGGAAAAAGUUACCAAAAACCUACUACAAUAAGACUUCUUGUUUCAAUGCUGUAGAGGUUUUACCAGGGGGAGCAUCUUAUAACCCAACGUUUGAAGAUCAUCAGGAACUGAUUCAGAAAGCAAUCCAAGUGGAAGUAGAUAGGGAGAAGAAGGAAGAGAAAGUAAACAGAUGGCAUCGCUUUGCUAAAGUUAGCCGAGCCGAGAUGGAGAGAAAUAAUAUGAACGAACUGACUGCUGGACUGUUUGAUGAUGAACUCAAUCAAGAUGAAGAUAAAGAGGAUGAUGAAGAUGAUGGUGUACUUCCUGGUGCUCCUGUGGUUGCAGAGAGGAGAAAGACAAAAAGACAAAGAAACAAAGAAAGACAAAUAAAACAACAGAUGAAGAAAGCUCAUGCUGAGAAAGCUGAUAAGAUCCGUCUGAAUGAGGUUUACCGUCUCCGAUCAUUAAAGAGAGAAAUCAAGGAGAAAGAAGAGAAGAUAGCAACUAAAAUAAAGGAGAAGAAAGAAAAGGCUAAGGAGAAUGAAGGCAAAACUAAACGGCUUGGACGCUACAAAUAUGAAGAGCCUCCUAUACCAGUCAAGCUAUCAGAGCAUCUUGUUGGUAAUCUGAGACAACUCAAGCCUGAUGGAAGUAUGAUAGCAGACCGAUUCAACAAUUUUCAAAAGAGGAAUAUGAUAGAACCGAGGAUAUGGAAAAAAGGAACAAAGCCCAAGAUGAAAGAAUAUGAGAAGAAGAGCUUUAAGGAAAUAAAGUGAAUAUCAGGAUUAUGGAAUCGACCAAUCUUCUUGCGGCUGCUGAGAACUUCUAAAUCUAUGCCGGGAUAAACUUUUAAGUGUCCCAUCGCACGGCUAAUUACAAUAACUAUCCAGAUGUAUCUAGCUUCAUAAUGGACGUCUCAGCGCAUUACAGAUCUUUCAUUACCUUGGUCAUUGGAUUCUGAUUUUUCUGCAUAUAAUGUUUGUCCUCCAUCUGCUCCUUGGGGAGUAUUCCAGCAAGAGCAUCCAUUCUCAAUGCAUGGCAUACAACAUUGGCCAUUGUAUGGUACUGCAUCAUGUGAAGAAUGACUCAAAUUUUUUUGUUUUCUCCAUUUUCCAAGAUAAAUAGAACCUCCUAUUCUUGACAACGAUGCAAUACAUUACAAACUCACUAAUUUAGUUAUGCAGCACUUGCAAAUUUUAUCAGUUUUGCAGACUGAAAUACCCUGGAAAUAAUUUUGAAAUAUUAGAUGAUUGAUUUGAUAGAAUCUGCAACCUAUGCAGCCACCAUUUCCCUUGUAACACAAUACUGUUUUACUAUAUCUAUAACCCAUAUAUGUGUUGAUUUGUAUAACCACAAAUAUGAAGCCUAGCAUGUUGGGUCAAUAUUUUGACCAAAUCAUGUCACGUUUAAUAUUCAGAAAUUUUAGGGAAAAUAUUCUGAACUUUGAAGAUCAAAUUUUGGGAGGUCUGUAUCAUAUGAGAUUCUCUAUUUUUGUGAGAGCAUAAAGGUAAAAAGUUUUUGUUAUGCUUACUUGUAUUGCUUUGUGGACAAGCAAAUCCAAGUUUCCAAUUGAAGAUCAUAUUAUUAAAACAUAUUUGUUAAAAAAAACAAAUAAUAGAUUUGUUUUAUGCAUUAUGAUUUAUAAUACUUUUGAAUUAGUAUAUCCUUGAUUGUGCAGUUCAGUGAAAUUCUCAUAAAUUUUACUGAAAUGGUUCUAGUAAAACUAUUUUUUCAGAAUAUAUUCCACAUUUAAUGAAUCUGACGUAGAUGAGUGAUUAAAUUUUAACCACAUGAUAAAUUAAAGUCUGUCCCAUCACUGUGUUUUACUCAUCUCUCAGUUUUGAGUAUGUGCUGAUUGAAAGUAUGUUGCAUUGUACUACAUAUAUCUUGGAUGAAAGUUUGUUGACCUGUGAACUAUCAUACAUUGUAAAUCACACUAAAAUGGUUGAACAUUACCCAUUCCUGCUCCUGCUCCAGUUAUGGGGGGAUGGAAAUAAUCGUGAGUUUUUUUUUUUCAUUCAAAAUCUUCAGAUGUCCCCAAGCACUGCUGAAAUGAUAAAAACAACCAUUAGAAACAAAAACUUUAAUUAACUUUUACUCAGGGUCCGGUAACACAAAGGUGAGCAAUUGAUCAUAUGUUUGAUUUUUAUUAUUGAUUGCAACCGAUCAUAGAAAUUUGUUUAUGAUCAUGCUUAUUGUUAUAGAUCUCAGAACUAAAUAUUACCAUUAAAGCCUUUUUAAUUCCCUCAAAAGUGUUGGUCACCAGUAGUCUAUCUUAUGCAUGUAUAUCUGGAAUCUGGAUUUGUAUGUGUUAAAGCUGUUAUGGCCUAAGAGAAUAUAAAAGACAGACCUCUUUUAUAAGAAAAAAAAAGAGAUUUUGCUUGAUUUAUUAUUACAUGAGAAAUGCGAGAAUCACAAACUGCAAAAUAAAAUCAUGACUUUGAUUGUAAUAUUAGGCAUAUGUUGAAUUUGACUGACACACCAUGAAAGCAAGGCUUGCAGAUGAAAGAUUAAUGUUUUAAGAUUUUGCAAUUCAUUUCAUGUUUAAAUUAAUUCUGUCUUCACAUUUUCUGAGGUUAAUGAACACUAUACUUUACAGAAAUACUGCCCUCUGAAGUAUGUAAUAUCCAGUAUACCAUCAUUUGCAAAAAUUUAAGCCCACCUGAAUUUUUUUGUAUAACAUGUAUAAUACAUGUAACAAUUGUAAUAAACUAACAGUUUCAUUAAAAACUGGCCUCAUGUAAUUUGUUGGUGUUAAAUUAUGUAUUUGAUAAUUUUUUUUAUUUGAGUGAAAUUAGUUUUAAAAUAUUGUCCAAUAUCCUGACUAAUCCUUUUGUUUUCAAAUGUAUUUUUAGUUCAAAAUAUUUUGAAAUAAAAACAUGAGUUAAGCUUUUUGAUAGAUUCUUUAAACUAAUUUACCUUUAACCAUUCAUAUCAAACUCAAAAACAACAUCAAUAAAUAAUAUAUAGGCCAGUUUUUGAAUGAAACUAUUACAGCAUUUUGCAAUUAUACACUUGUGCUAUGCACCCAAAUUUUCAGGUGGUCUUAAACUUUUGCAAAUGAUGGUAUAUUAUCAUGAUACGAGCAGAUAACUACAUGUACAAAUCCCCAGAUAUGAUACGUGUUAAGUUUGAAGUUCUGUAAAUUUUCCUUUAGUUCAUCUUGUAUUAAAGGCAGAAGUUAGUUAAUA